GGCCGCGAGCGCAGCCACACGGCCGUCUACGCGGUGUGCGGCGUCGCCGCGCUGCUCGUGCUGGCCGGCAUCGGGGCGCGCCUGGGCCUGGAGAGGGCGCACAGCCCGCGCGCGCGGCGCACCGUCACCAGGACACUGACAGAACUUCUGAAGCAGCCGGACCCCCAGGAGCCGCUGCCUCCACCUCUGGGCCCACCUCUGGGUAGCUGUGUCCAGGUGCAGAUGGGGGAUGGCCUCCCCAGGGGCUCCCCCAAGAACACAGACAAGAAACGCCCCAACAACGUGCCCCUGGGGUCAGCGACACCAGGACCCCUGCGUGGCCCCAGGCUGCAGGACGGCGGCAGCAUGACGCUGCAGCGGGACUACGCCAAGUACGCCACCCUCAAGGCAGCCGCGCUCAAGGCCGCAGAAGCCACCCCGCCGGAUUUCUACCAGCGGUUCCCUGCAACCGAACCUGCCCCGCUGACCGUCCCGGCGCGGCCCCAGCGGCCCCGCGAGGACUUGCCGGCGCUGCUCGACGCCUGCCCCUGGGCCCCGCCGGGCUACGCGCCCCCCGCCGGCCUUGCUCCUUCGGGCCACUACAAGGCCUGGAUCGCCGGCCGCCUGGCCCGGCCCGCCCCCCGCGGCCACCUGGCGGCUCAGGCCUCCCCCGCACCCCGGCGGCCCGGCCACGCGCCCCGGCGCCAGUUCAGCGUGGAGAAGCCGCCCGAGGCCUUCGGCCCGCAGCCCCCUGGACUUUACGGCAGUGCAGGCCGCGGGCCCCGGCACCUGAGCACCAACAGCAAAGCUGAGGUCACCGUGUGAAGACAGCCGCUGGUUCUCCCGAAUCAUCGCAAUCUCCGGGGCGCCCUCAUCUGCCUGGAGGCCGCCGUGGGCCGGUUCCCGGGGCCCAUACCGUGGGGGAGGAGAGGCGCCGGCCGUGGAAGGCCAGCCUGCCCUUAUGCCUGCCCAAACUGGACUGGGGCCUUGGAGCCUGCAGGGCUAAGAAGGGGCCCACUGGGUGAGGCCAGUGGUUCUGUCCUUGGGGCCUUAGGGCCAGGGUUCCUCGUGUAAAUAUAAAGCCUUUUCUGUGGCUCCCAUCCCUGAGAAUAAAGGAGCCCCAGCUUGGCUCUGAGAGGCACGGA